GGGGUCGGUGGCCGGACACAGCCCAUCGCAGGAUCCAAUGGGCUCUCAGGGAGGAGCUCGCCACCCCCCCCGAGCUCAGCUUUUAGAGGCACAGCGACCUUUCCCUUUCAAAUCCCUUUGAGAACAACUCCCAGGACCAUCUCAUUGUUUCCCAGCUGCAGCAAAAUGGCCAGCGAAAACUUUUUGAUCCUUGACUCUGUCUUCAAAGGCAGCGGCUUCACUUAUUCGGGAAGAUUAAAAUCCAGGCGGACUAAGUGGAAUGUCCGUGCCUCCGAAAUGUCCAAGCGAACCUUCAAUCCAAUCCGGGCAAUUGUGGACAAUAUGAGGAUUGAGCCAAACCCCAACAAAGCCAUGAUCUCCUUGUCUAUCGGUGAUCCCUCCGUUUUUGGAAACCUUCCAACUGAUGAAAAGGUUUUACAAGCCAUGAAAGAUGCAGUGGAUUCGGGCAGAUUCAAUGGCUAUGCAUUGUCUAUAGGCUAUCAGAGCAGCAGGGAUGCAGUGGCUAAUUUUUACAGCUGUCCUGAAUCACCUCUUGAGGCAAAGGAUGUGAUUUUGACAAGUGGCUGCAGUCAAGCUAUUGAAUUGGCCAUCUCUGUACUGGCAAAUCCCGGCCAAAAUAUCCUGAUUCCCAGGCCUGGCUUCUCUCUCUAUAAAACACUGGCAGUGUCCCUGGGCAUUGAAAUCAAACACUACAACUUACUGCCAGAGAGAUCAUGGGAAAUUGAUCUGAAACAAAUGGAAGCAUUGAUUGACGAUAAAACUGCCUGCAUCAUUGUGAAUAAUCCUUCCAAUCCAUGUGGCUCUGUGUUCAGUAAAUCCCAUCUCCAAAAGAUUCUCGCUGUUGCAGCAAGGAACUACCUUCCAAUCCUGGCUGAUGAAAUCUAUGAAGAUAUGGUCUUUCCUGAGUGCAAGUUCAUUGCCCUUAGCUCACUGAACAGCAAUGUCCCAAUCCUGUCCUGUGGUGGUCUGGCCAAACGGUGGCUUGUACCUGGCUGGCGAAUGGGCUGGAUUCUCAUACACGACAGAAGCAAUAUCUUUAACAGAGAGAUUCGAGCUGGCUUAGUCUCUUUGAGUCAAAGAACUCUUGGCCCUUGCACAAUUGUACAAGGAGCACUGGAAAAUAUUCUGAACAAAACACCUGAAGAGUUUUAUGAUGGAACCAUCAGCUUCCUGAAGUCCAACGCUGACCUGUGUUUUGAUGCUCUCUCAAUGGUUCCUGGCUUACAGCCAAUCAGACCAUGCGGAGCCAUGUACUUGAUGGUUGGAAUUGAUAUGGAUGAUUUUCCAGAAUUUGAGAGUGACAUUGACUUUACUGAAAAGUUGAUCGCGGAACAGUCAGUUUUCUGCCUUCCUGCAACGUGCUUCGAAUAUACAAACUUCUUCAGAGUGGUGUUAACUGUUCCAGAAGGCUUAAUGCUUGAGGCUUGUCACCGCAUUCGUGAAUUCUGUGAGGAACAUUUUCAACCUCAAGAGAAUUGCACCACAGCUGAUAUUGAAUGCGACAAAUGAGCAGGCGCUGAACAACUUGCUGGGCAUCUGUUGUAACAAGAGCUGUGCUUCAGUCUGAAUUAUUUAACACAAGUUUAAUAUAAUUUAAAAGUAUGUACAAAGUUCAUUAUUUACGUGAAGUGAUUCACGUGAAACUUAAUUUGGAUCAUUCUAGUUGAGUGUUGGGUGUGAACUGGUGACUCUUGGUCUACUAAAGAUUGGUUGCAUCCUCUUUUACUCUUUCCAGAGAAAUUCCUAUCAAAUGGAUCUAAGUCUAAUUUCAUUGUUGACAGUCAAUAACACAUCAUGUAAUCACUUUGAUGGUGAAUAACUUUUCAUCCAAGGAUAUUUUGCUAAUCUCUGUCCAUAUUACAGUUCAGCCUACAGAGCAGUGCAGAAUCAGUGUGACACUUGCAAGUGAGCAGCAUAAACAGGAUGGCUGAAUCAAUCACCUCAUUUUAGGUUUCACCAGCUCCACAGAUGAAAGUUGUGCUACUUAGUACUCAGUGGGAUUGAUGUUACACCACUAUCCAGUUAGAAAUACAGAAAACAGGAUCUGUUAUUUUUAAUCUGUUCAUGGGAAAGGGCAUCACUGGUUUGACCAACAUUUAUUUUGCAAUCCUAAUAUCCCAGAGGGCAGUUAGGAGUCAACCACAUUGCUGUGGGAUAGGAGUCACAUAUAGGCCAGACAAGGUAAGGGACAUAAUGAGCCAAAUUGGCUUUCCUGAAAAUUGACAAUGGAUUCAUGAUCAUAAUUAGACUCUUAAUUCCAGAUUCUUUUCUAUUAAUUUUAAAUUUCACCACCUGCCAUGGUGGGAUUGGAAUCUGGGUCUACAGAACAUUAUCUGGGUCU